ACUAGCUGUGGUCUGGUGCUUCACAGACUAUUAGUCACAACAUCAACUCUCCUCCCUACAACUAGCUGUGGUCUGGUGCUUCACAGACUGUUAGUCACAGUCACAACAUCAACUCUCCUCCCUACAACUAGCUGUGUUCUGGUGCUUCACAGACUGUUAGUCACAGUCACAACAUCAACUCUCCUCCCUACAACUAGCUGUGGUCUGGUGCUUCACAGACUGUUAGUCACAACAUCAACUCUCCUCCCUACAACUAGCUGUGGUCUGGUGCUUCACAGACUGUUAGUCACAGUCACAACAUCAACUCUCCUCCCUACAACUAGCUGUGGUCUGGUGCUUCACAGACUGUUAGUCACAGUCACAAAAAAUAUGUUUCAUCCUGAACAUGAUCAAGUACUUAUUAAUCCAUUCUAACCUUAGAGGGCAUAGUAACAACAACAGCAAGGUUAAACAUGCCCUUAUAUAUGUGCCAAUCACUCCUACUAGCCAAGCCCAGCAUGCAAGUCCUUUAUGAGAGAGUACUCAGAAGACCCUUCCCUCCAGACCAAAGGCACGUCUUUAUAGAGGAACUAGACGCUGAGAACCGUCUCACUGAGCUCUGUGAACAAGUCAAGCAGAGAGCGGAGAGCCCGGACGAGCUGGCAGAGCUGGUCAAUAUGAACCUGGCCCAGCUGUGUUCCCUCCUCAUGGCCCUGUGGGGUCAGUUCCUGGAGGUGGUCUCACUGCAGGAGAAUGUUGCUGCCCUGCUGGCUGUGGAGCAUCACACACUCAGAGUGAGUAGAUUCGCAGCACCUAGCACCUCACUAACCCUGCUGACCAUGCACCUCACUGACCCUGCUGACCGUGGAGCACCUCACUGA